AUGGCAGUGGCUCGCCCCAUUUCUCUCCCGAAACACAGACCCACCACCCUCUUACACUCCAACUUCCUCCCUCCUCCACCUUCGUCUCUCAAACCCUUCAACAACAACAACAACAACAACAACAGAAACCAGAGCCCAACCCCCAACACUAACUUCUUCAUCGCCAUCUCCUGCUCAUCACCCAAAAUUAAAAUCGUUCGAAUUCCAUCACUGGACAGAAACAUUGUGAAGCAGAACAAGAUCCGUUUCGUCCAGAAACUCAAAACCCUACUCCUCUCCAAACCCAAACACUACUUCCGUCUACAAAUCCUCCCCAAAUGUCGCUCCUACCUCUCCCUCCCAAAGCCUCGUUCUCUCCUCUCCAUGAUCAACCGCUACCCUUCCAUCUUCCAACUCUUCUCCAUCCCCACCCCACCUUCCUCUCCUUCAUCCACCUGUACCCAACUCUGCGUCCGCCUCACCCCGGCUGCCGCUGCAAUCGCCGCCGAAGAAUCCGCUCUAAAAUCCUCAAUCGCCACCAAACUCGCCGCCAAGCUACAGAAACUGCUCAUGCUCGCCACCCACCACCGCCUCCUCUUGUCUAAGCUCGUUCACCUCGCCCCUGACCUGGGUCUCCCUCCAAACUUCCGCUCUCGCCUCUGCAACGAUUACCCAGAUCGGUUUAAGACGGUAGACACCUCCUAUGGCCGAGCCCUCGAGCUCGUCUCUUGGGACCCUGAACUUGCCGUCCCGAUUCCACCCGGUGAAACUCGGCCGGCUGGAUUGAUUGUUGACAGACCAUUGAAAUUCAAGCAUUUGAGACUCCGAAAGGGGCUGAAUUUGAAGCGUCGUCACCGGGAAUUUCUGAUCAAGUUUCAGGAAUUGCCGACGGUUUCGCCUUAUAGUACUCCAGCAAAGGAGUUUCUGCCAGAGUCGAUGGAGGCUGAGAAGAGGGCUUGUGCUGUGGUGAGGGAAGUGUUAGGGAUGAUGGUGGAGAAGAGGACUUUGGUUGAUCAUUUGACCCAUUUUAGGAAGGAUUUUGGAUUGUCUAAUAAGCUGAGGGGGAUGUUGGUGAGACAUCCUGAGUUGUUUUAUGUGAGUCUGAAGGGGCAGAGGGAUUCAGUGUUCUUGGUGGAAGGGUAUGAUGACAAGGGUGGGUUGGUGGAGAAGGAUGAGCUUUUGGUUGCCAAGGAGAGGUUGAUGGAAUUGGUGAGGGAAGCAAAGAGGAUGAGGAGGGAGAAAAGAAAGGAUGUUCUUACUGUUAAUGAUGAUGGUGAGGAGGAGGGGGAGGAAGAAGAAGAAGCAGAGGAUGAUGGUUUUGAGGACUUAUUUGGGGAAGCAUGGGAAGAUUAUAGUGUGGAAGAAGAUGAUGAUGAGAGGGGUGAGCCGUGGGGUGCUGUGAGGGAUGGGGAGUUUUGGACUGUUGAAGCUGCUUCGUCUGCUGUGGUUAAUAGUGUAAAUGGAGGAGAAUCUUUGGAGCAUUGGUGAAGACUUUAUGUUAUUUUGGUUGAUUGAUAAUUGGUAUUAUCAUAGAGAAAGGGCAGAAAAGGAAGAGUGGGACAGCUUGUAUGUCUAGUAUUGUAACAUCUCACUAAUAACUGACUUAAAUUGUAACUAAUUCAAACACAUUUUUCAUGAUUGUUUUUAUUAAUUUU